UAUAGAUGGCAGCCAUAUUAUUCUGAAGUGUAUUUGAUUUCAGGAAGGUUAUUUAUUUUUAUUAAGGUCGACACUCUUUAGGCCUAUACGUUAUAGGACUGACUUUAUUCAGUAGGAAAAAUUUUACCCCUUUAUCCAUUGAACUGUAUGUGCCAUGGCUGCAACAAAUGCAGGAGGAGGCAGAGGGCACAAUUUUAAAGUUGUAUUAUUGGGUGAAGGCUGCGUAGGGAAGACUUCAUUGGUUUUGCGAUAUGUUGAAAAUAAGUUCAAUGACAAGCAUCUUUCUACGUUACAGGCCUCUUUCCUUAAUAAAAAGUUAAACAUUGGUGGCAAGCGAGUUAAUCUGGCUGUGUGGGAUACUGCAGGGCAGGAGAGGUUUCAUGCAUUAGGUCCAAUCUAUUAUAGAGAUAGUAAUGGAGCCAUAUUAGUAUAUGACAUUACAGAUGAAGAUUCAUUCACUAAGGUAAAGAAUUGGGUCAGGGAAUUAAAAAAAAUGCUGGGAAACGAUAUAUGCCUUUGUAUAGCAGGAAAUAAGAUAGAUUUAGAGAAAGAACGACAUGUGUCUGUAGCUGAAGCAGAAGCGUAUGCAUCAUCUGUAGGAGCUAAACACUUUCACACAUCAGCAAAACUAAAUAAAGGAAUAGAAGAACUCUUUUUGGAUCUUAGUAAAAGAAUGAUGGAGAAAUCCUCAUCAGAUGAUUUUCUGAAAGGUGGUGUUGGAAGCGGUAGGCCGUCAGGCAGUGGUGGUGCUCGCAGAGUUGUUAUUGUUGAUGACGAGCCAACGCAACAGAGCAGCGGGGGAUGCUGCGGCGGUUCGUCCUGAGAACAUUACUGUCAUGUGAAUUGUCAUGUGACACAGAUUUUAAGUCAGAUGAAUAUAAGCACUAGUCAGUUAAUGAUGUGCAACUUGUGACUCGUUUUAGCAUGUUAUUGUGGACGAAACAAGACACAUGUGCACCAGGUUUCACUACAAACUACUCUCUCGGUGAGACAUUUGGAGACAAAAUAUGUUUGAAUCAGGAUUAUUGUCUUGAAAUUGUCCAUAUAAUAUUUACCAAAAUAAUGCUGCUUUAUUUUAAAGUAAAUCAACAUAUUAAAGCACAGAGAAAACAUCCGUCACUAACCAAGCCCUUUUCAAUAUUAAUCAUAGCUAUUUAGUUCUCACUUUGUUUUUAUAAGAAACUGUGAAAUAUAUUGUAAUGCCUUUUUUACUGAAAUUUCCAAUAUUGAAGAAUUUUAUUUCUUCGCUUUGAGAUAUUUUAUCACUAGGAUAGCAAAACAAAAUGCACUUCAAUGGUGCAUUCUAAAUGUCCCAAAAAAGAAACAUAUUCUAAAGUCAAGGGUCAAUGAUCAUGGUUCAUCAAGAAUAUUUAUCAUAAACAACUACUGUAAUACAAAUAUAUAGGAAUGUCAUUGUUGAAUCUCAUUGCAUCUCAAUAAGAAAAAGCCAUUGAAUGCAAAGUUUACAACAAUUAUUCACAAUGUAAAAACACUUUUAAAAGGCAGGAUUCUCAUUGGAUAUUUCAGAUGCAGUUUAUUUGAUUCAGAUUUCAAUUUAAAAAAAAGUAUAGGGAAGAUUAUCUUCUGCAAUAUAGUUUAUAAAAGAUGCAUGUAAUUAUUGAAAUUGUUUUCUUUAAAUCUAUCAUGUUAUUAAUGUAGGGUUUGAACUUAUACUUGCUAUUGAAAGUAAACAUCAAUUAUACAUUUAUAAAGAGAACAAUCAUUUAGGAUCACUAUGAGCAGAUUGCUACUUAUGCGGAAGUGAUGAUGAUGCACGGGCGGAUUUAGGGAGGGGGACGUGGGAACAUGGCUCCUGAUUUUGUCAUUUUCUUUUAUUUUUUAAGAGAAAAAUACAAAAUGACAUAUGAAUACUAAAUGUUACUAUAUUUCGUACCAGCAUACUGAACACAAAUCAUACCAUUAUUGGAAAGUUAUUUAUAUGUAUAAUUGGCCUUUAUGAAAUUAAAGGCACCCAUCCCCCUCCCCCCACCCCCUUUAAAAAAUUCUGGAUCCGCCCCUGUGAUGACGAUACAGUAUAAUGGAUGAUGGUGGUGAUGAUGAUGAAAUUAUUGUGAUGAUAUAAUAUUGUGCUGAUAAGUGUGAUAUUUGUUAAUGAAGUUGAUAAAAUGAUGAUGUUGAUACUAAAUAUGGUACAGUAGGGAUAAAAUAAUGAAAAAAUGUAAUGAUUUGAUAUUUCAUAUGAUGGAAAUUAAUAACUAUAUGUAUUGUAUUAUUGCAUCAAUGAGUAUAACUUAUUUGUUAGUAUUUUUUGUUGAUUUACAGCCUAUAAACCACUUAGAAAAAUCAGAAUUUUGGUGUUUUAUUUCUUAUGUUGUUUAAAUAAUCAAAUCAAAAUAAUCAGUGUUGGAAAUAUAAUUUUUAAGCCAAAACAGCAAGAUAGAGAAAGUGCAAGAUCUUUUGGUAAAUGUUAGGUGGCAAACAGAAAAGGUAUUUAAGUGCAACUCAGAUUGGUGGUAUAUACUGGAACAUAUAAUUAACUAGAAAAUUUGUAACAAAAUAUUAUAUUGUCAUUGUUUAUCAAUAUAUGUUGCAAUAUACUGAUGUAGUUAGACCAAGUACUAAAGUAGAAAUAUGAGAAUCAGUGUCUUACUUUGUUUUAUGUUGAAGCAUAAUUUGUCUAGUUUAGAACAAUAUGAUUAGUCAGUAUAAAAAAAUGCUAAUGUAAUUUUAUUAUGAUGCUUUUUGGACAUUAAUUGCCAUCAAAAUUUAACAUAUUUCCCAUGAAACCAAAGGAUUUUUGUAAAGAAUUGAGUAUUUAGAUUGAGAUGCAUUCAAGGCGUUGAUACAGGUAGGGGAGAGAGGGGGUAAGAUGGGGUUGUAAGAUUGUAAUAGAAUACAUAUAAAAUCCCACAUGAAGCAAAUCUGCUUUCUUAUAUCAGGCAAACCAAGUUCAUGUUAAUAUAAUACUACUACAGUGGGGUGGGGGCACGUUUCAGCCAAAUCCCUAAACCCUGGUUAUGGGCCUGUACUGAUAUAUAUUGGUGACUACAAAGGUAUCAACAUCUUCAGUUAUUAAUAUUAGGGUUUUUUUUUUUCAUUAGUAAUGAAGAGUGAGGUAUAAUAUGUGCAUGUCCCUAUAUUCGAUUCUCCAAAAAAACAAUUACAUGAUGUUUAAAACAGCAUGAGAUUCAUUUUCAUCAAAUAAUUAGUUUAUUUUAAGUUUUAUAUUCUAAGCAUGUAUUUAAUCAGAAGUGUAUACCAUCAAUAACUACUAAACUCUGGUGAGUUACGAGGGAAAAGGUUGUGGUAAGCCAUUUGCAAUGUUUCAGUAUGAUUACUACACACAAAUUGUAAAUAAGAUAAGGUUAUAAGGAUGUGUUAAAACAGCCUUCUCAUUUGUAGUGUUUCACUAAAUAAAUUGCUUUUGGCUGAGAACAAUAAAGAA